GAUCCCUCUGCCGGGCAGCGAGGGCUGAGCGCUGAGGGAUUCCAAGAGCUCUGCUACAAGGGGACAACUCCCUGCAAGUGUCAGGCCCGGGACUCCACAGGAACUCGAAGCUCCCCUUGCCUUCCCUUAUCUCCCGUCUGCUGUCAGAACCCCACGCCAGGCUGCAACGGGGGACAGAGCCACCAAGCCUAGAGAAGAUGACUCUUCGGGGGUUAGAGAGGCGAAGGGUCUCCUACCUGGAGGAAGAGAGGGGAAGAGAAGGACCCCGGGGACUAGGCCUGAAGCCCCCACCAGAGGUGACCCCAGAGGGGAUGGAGACACUGCGGGAAGGGACACCGCCCCACCAGGGGCGUGCUGAGGGGACACUCGCACGUUGGCAUCAAGCCUCAGGAGAGGUGACACGCAAAAUCCAGAGGUGUCACCAGCUUGCAGGGACCGGUGCCCCGAGCCCGGGCCUCAGGUGCCGGCGACACUCGGGCUCCGGGGUCCCCGCGAGGGCGCCCGGGUUCCCGGAAAGGCCGGCUGCCGCGGACCCCGGGCCGGGCCGUCUGAGCACAGCCGGAGCGGAAGCGUGGGCGCUGCCCGUGAGGUCCUCAGCCCUGCCCGCCGCCCCACUACCUGUCGCUGUAGCUGUAGCUAACGCUGUCGCUGCCUCCCCAGCCCGGCUCUGCGAAGCGCUUCCUCUCCGCCACUCCUCAAUGGCGGUAGCUGGAGUGCUAGACCCGACCAAUCGAGCGGCGAUGGCCUGCGCCUGGCCAGCCGAGUACCGAGCCAUCGAUGGGACGCCCCCUAGCGUCGACAGCCGCUCGGGCAGGGCUGCGGGCGUCUCCCAGGAUGCUAGGAGCUUAAUGAGCAGCAUCCCAACCAGCCCCAUUUUACAGCUCUUUCUCUGGCCCACUUGACCCCAGCAUGCUUGGAGUUCCUGCCUCGCGUCCUCUGCAUCUGUCAUUCUCUCCUAGGCCAGUGCUGUCCAGCAGAAGUACAAGGCAAGCACAGAGUCAUUUGUUACUUGCUAUAUUAAAAGAGAUGAACCUGGGGGUGUGGCUCAGUGGGAGAGUCCUUUACUAGCAUGGUGCUGGAUUCAGUCCCUAGGACCAAAGACAGUAAGAGAGAGGAGAG